UUUAAAGAAAAUUGGAAAUCAAAUGACCGAACCCCUUUAUCAGUUUUCCGAUGCACCCAAGAAAUUUUUUUAUACGAAGUACGUGCAGACUUAACGUGCAGACUUCAGUGAUAUGACGAACAACAUUGAUUAUUGGAGUGGAACCGCAUAAGUCAUUUGAGAGGGUUAUUGAGACAUUAUUGAGGAGUUAUUGUGACAUUAACUCUAAUAAAAAACACAAUAAGGGCUAAAAAAUCUCUUUCCCCUCCUACAAUCCCCAACAACUUUCAAUUCAAUUUCAAUAACCCCUUAAAUUAACCUCGGUGGACUCCUUAUGGAAAACCGGCGCACCCGGCGCACCCGGCGUUCGUCUAAAGCGAAAUAACAACCGACGAGAAAAAACGCUUGACCUCAUCAGUGAGCCUUCAUCUUACUCAUUUCCCAAAACUUGAACAUUUUUCUUCUUAGACCGUCGAGAAACUGGAAUAAUAAGCAGCACAAAAAACACUCGAGUGCCUUCAUGGCCGUCUUGACUAUCUUCUCUUUCCCCAUUACCAGCCCAACACCAAGUGUCAAGAGGUUUCAUCUCUCGCCGCCGGCGAGGCUCUCCUCAUCGAAUCAGUUCUCACAUCGGCGAAUCGUUCGUCGGUUACAGAACCGCCGCCGGAGUUUCGUCUGGUCGAUGUUCACCGACGAGGAACAGGGGACGGUGGUUCCGGCGUCGGUGCCGGUUCGUGUAGCCUAUGAGCUCCUGCAGGCGGGACAUCGUUAUCUGGAUGUCAGAACGGUUGAUGAAUUCAAAGCGGGUCAUGUGGUGGGGGCAACGAACAUUCCUUUUAUGUUAACAGUUGGAUCAGGAAUGACGAAGAACCAAAACUUUUUGGAUGAAGUUUCAAAUAUUUUUGGAAAGGAUGAUGAAAUAUUGAUUGGUUGCCUGAGCGGGAAGAGGUCGCUCAUGGCUGCAUCCGAGCUUUCAUCUGCGGUAUAA